CGCAACAAAUGCAGGCCGGUCGCAAAUAAAUAAAGCCCGAUUUUCAGCUAACACGAAUAGUUAGUUCCCAACAUGACACCAUAUCGCCCGGAGUUCUCCGCAGCGGAACAGUCGCGAAUCGACGCGGAAUUCUCUAGAUUGGCCAGGAACAAGAGUGUUUACCUGGAUCAUGCGGGCACCACUCUCUAUGCCGAGAACCAGGUGACGGCCGCCGCGGAGCAACUUCAGCGCAAUGUCAUCUGCAAUCCGCACACCUGUCGCCUCACCGGCGACUUCGUCGACCAGGUGCGAUUCAAAAUACUGCAAUUCUUUAACACCACCGCCGAAGAUUACCAUGUGAUAUUUACGGCGAAUGCCACCGCUGCCUUGUCGCUGGUGGCGGAAAACUUUGACUUUGGAUCCACGGGCGACUUUCACUUCUGCCAGGAAAACCACACCUCAGUGCUGGGAAUGCGGGAAAGGGUCCGUGCCAACGGGAUAUAUAUGCUGAAAGAAAAUGAAAUCUCCGGCGGAAAGUCCAAGGAAAACGGCACAGUUCACAAGGUGUCCGGGAAAACGGGAAACUCCUUGCUGACCUUUUCGGCCCAAUGCAACUUCAGUGGAUACAAAAUUCCACUGGAUACCAUUGAAAAAAUCCAAAUCGAUGGCUUGUCCAUGCCGGGAAAACAGCUUUGGGGCUCUUUGGAAGAGAAUAAGGAGAAUACGCACAACGAUUACUAUAUCUGCCUGGAUGCGGCGUCUUUUGUAGCCAGCAGUCCGUUGGAUCUGAAAAAAUACCGCCCAGAUUAUGUAUGCCUUAGUUUCUACAAGAUCUUCGGUUAUCCCACGGGCGUGGGAGCCCUGCUGGUGAGUCGACGGGGAGCCGAGGUCUUCCAGAAGCGUCGCUUUUUUGGCGGUGGUACCAUCAACUACGCAUAUCCACAUGCCAUGGAUUAUCAGCUGAGGGAGACCUUCCACCAGCGCUACGAGGAUGGCACCCUGCCAUUCCUCGCCAUUGUUGGAUUGCUCGAGGGAUUUCGCACGCUGGAGAGAUUGGUGCCCAAAACGGAGGAGUUCAGCACCAUGGAGAGGAUUUCCAGACACGUCUUUGGGCUGGCCAAGUAUUUGGAGGAUCAGCUGCGCCAGCUGCAGCAUCCCAACGGUGAACCCCUCGUCGAGCUGUACAAUAAAGUGGGCUACCAGGAAAAAUCUCGCCAGGGUGGCAUCGUUGCCUUUAAUGUACGCACUGAAUCUGGAUCCUUUGUGGGAUUCGGCGAGAUCGCCUGUGUGGCUGCUCUGCACGGCAUACUCCUGCGGACUGGAUGCUUCUGCAACAUCGGAGCCUGUCAAUAUUACUUAAACCUCGAUGAAGAUGCUAUGGAUACGAUAUACAAGCGAGCAGGUCGCAUUUGCGGCGACUACUUUGAUCUGGUUGAUGGACAGCCGACGGGAGCGGUGCGGGUAUCUUUUGGUUAUAUGACAACCAUUCAGGACGUAGAGCAGUUGCUCCAGAUGCUGCGCUCCAGUUAUUUGGCAACCAAACCGCUGCAGCGAAUUCAGUUCAUCGAGGAGCAGGCAGAGCAAUUGCCACCGUUGCUUAAGGAGCGAGUCCAGCUCUUGAGGCCCAAACUGCUGCAGAUGGCCAUAUAUCCGGUAAAAUCCUGUGCCGCUUUUAAAAUCGAAUCACAAGGCUCCUGGCCGUUGACGGAUCAAGGUCUGAAAUAUGACCGUGAGUGGAUGAUCGUGGACAUGAAUGGCAUGGCGUUGACUCAGAAGCGCUGCACGGAGUUGUGCCUGAUAAGGCCUGUGAUUAAGGUCGACCAAUUGGAGCUGCAGUUCGGAGACAAUUCCCAUUUCUCGGUGCCCCUUUCGCUGGAGGACCAGGCAGCCGACUCAGCAAAAUGCGUAAGCAAGGUGUGUCGACAGCCCGUUGAAGGUUUGGAUUGCGGCGAUGGCGUGGCCCAGUGGUUAAGCGAAAACCUUGGGUUAGAGGGCCUCCGUUUGCUCCGGCAAUCGGGCCAGAGAAACUCCUCCAAGGAUCAGCAGAAGCUGAGUCUGGUUAAUCAGGCCCAGUUCUUGCUGCUAAACAAAUCUUCCGUGCGAUCUCUUCAAUUUGAGGAGCCUCUCGAUGAGACUGUGGAUCGCUUUCGGGCCAAUAUCAUCAUCGACACGGGCAGUGCCUUUGAGGAGCUUACCUACAAAGCCCUGUCCAUUGGGGGAAUCCAAUUCCAGGUGGAGGGUCCCUGCCAGCGCUGCGACAUGAUUUGCAUUAACCAAAGGACAGGCGAACGGUCGCCGGAAACCUUGACCACCAUAUCUCGCCUGCAAAAAGGUCGCAUGCGAUUCGGCAUCUAUAUCACUAGGAUCCCCCAGGACACAAAAGAGCUUGAGCCCCAGGAGCACAUGACCUGCGGCGAUGUUGUCCUUGUGGAAUAAGCUCACCUCACACUUUUCAUACCAAAAAUGUGGUUCGUUGAACAUAUAUGUUUUUUAUAGUACAUAGUUUUAGCAAAAGAAUGCCUAACUCUCUUUACUUGGUAAUUCUGCGUAACUUCACAUCACAUUUUGCAUUUAGUUUGUUUUAAAGUACGUGUGGAACAUGAAUACGUAAACAUUCUUAAAGAAACAUUCACGAUAGCUUAAGUCCAAAGUAACCGGAUACCUCUUGCCAGUGUCUUAAGCCUUUAAAAGGCCUUAAUUGCAAAAUAAACAAUUUCAAAUCGA